CGGAAGUACUUCAAUACACGUGUAGCGUUUGACAACCUUGAAAAGACUACAAAACAACAAACUGCAGCGGAUGUGUAAAAGCUAGCGUUUACGUGAUGCCGGUGACACGAAUAUUCUAUCCCCUGUAUCAGCUGGGUAACCCACAGCUGAGGCUCUUCAGACCCAACUGGUUCCUGACUCUGGUUAGGCCCGGAAAAGAGCAGCCUCCUGACACUGUCCAGUUUCGCAUCCCAAUGGAGAUGACCAAGUGUGAUGUAAAGAGUUACCUGGAGAAGAUUUAUAAUGUCCCCGUGGGAGUUGUACGGACCAGGAUUCAAUUUGGGUCCAAUAAGAAGAGGAAUCACCUGAACCAGAGGGUUAAACAGCCGGACUAUAAAGUAGCGUACGUUCAGCUGGCUCAGGGCCAGACGUUCACCUUCCCAGACAUUUUCCCAGAAAAGGACAGGACGCCGACGGAGGGCUCCAUGGAAGAGAUGCAGGAGAAGUUCAUGGAGGACGAGAAGCAGAGGCAGAAACUCGACCCCAGGAGAGGAGGGGUCACUGAAUGGUUUGGACUCUGAGACAGCCCACUGACCGGGAAGUCGGUGCGCGUUGUGUGCGCGUGGGUGUUUCAUUGGGAGUAGCAUUUAUUGAUUUACAACUGGACUGCGGUGAUGUCAACUUCUAUUUCUGUAAGAAAACUCACAAGUGUGUAGCGAAGAAGAAUGAGCAUACAAUAUGUGUAGGAGUGUGGACGUGUGUUUGGUGUGUGUGUGUGUGUGUGUGUGUGUGUGUGUGUAUGAGAGACUUAGCGAGGCUUGAGUGCAGACCAGAGCCAGAACAGAAUCAGAAGGAGGAGGAGAGUGGCCUGGCGCCAUCUUUUAUGAAACCAGCCCACCAUACAGAAUCUUCAUUACCUCAAAUGACCUGCUUUUAUUCCCUCCUUCUCUUCAUCCUACUUCUUUUAUUAUCAUUUCUCUUUCUCCUUCUUACUUCUGCACCUCCUCUUUCUGUGCCAGUGGUCUUCCUUUUAAUUUCCUACUUGUUUGUCUCCUCUGAUGUCCCACUUCUGCUUUUCCUGCUCCACCACUGCCAUGCUUACUAGAGGUACGGUGUGGUAGCCCUGACUCUCAGCCAGUUGGAUCAGACUACCUGGACAACCCACAUCCUUUCCUCUUUUAUGAGUUUGCCUUGGAUUAAUUGACCACUUUAGGUAAACAACUAUUGAGAUGUUGUUUCAGCAAAGCAACAACAUGGAAUUUGUUGGAGUGUUUUAUUAUUUUGUGGUAACACCUCUUGCCAUAACCAUGAGAAAAGAUUGUACCCUGUGUUUGUCUGUGUUUGCCUAGCGUGCAGGUCUGCCAGUGAAUCUGUCUAAUUGUAAGUGCUGUUGAAAUAAGAACUAAUAAACGGUCACUUGUCCAAG